CCAGAACGAGGAGGAUGCGCAGCAUUACGCUGUUGUUUUAUGCCCUGUUCUUCGUGCUGGGAAUGGUGUACUACGGCCUCUCGUUCGGCGCCGACAAGCUGAGGGUGGACCCGUUCGUGUACAUGGCGGUUAGCGGAGUGAUGGAGGUCCCUAGUAGCACGCUGAGCAUCCCUCUGGCGGAUAAGAUGGGCAGGAGAGCUUCGAGCAUGCUGUUCUUAGUGGCCACCGCCGGCUCGCUGCUGGUGCUCGGCUUCAUCCCAGAUGCCUUGGAGUGGCUGGUGGUCACAAUGGCCAUGCUGGGUCGGCUGACCAUCACAGUAGCUUUCCAAAUCGUGUAUCUCUAUGCCAGCGAAAUCUUCCCGACGGAGGUGCGCGUCCGAGGACUCGGAACUUGCACGAUGAUGGCCACGGUUGGCGCCAUGCUUGCCCCCUUCAUCUGGGAAAUGCUGGGCUCCAUCAAGUCAUGGAUGUCGCUGUUUGUGUUCGGCGUGGCAGCCUUAGUGGCCAGUGUGACCACGAUCUGGCUGCCGGAGUCCCGCACGGCGCCCAUGCUGGACACCGUGGCCAGUCUGGAGGCGGCUUACAGCGGGGCCAAGGAAGCAAGGGCUGAUCAGCUCGACCGAGAGAUGGCGGACAAAUCCGUCAAGGAAACUGACGCUAAAGAGGCAUAGACUAUAGUUAUUGUGACAGGUGUCAACCGCCUCUUCCUUAACAAACAACUCUGCAGUUUCCUCAAUGCUACGAAGCCGCGUUGAAGGUCACCUCAAGGAUUUUAACUGUUAACUGUUAUCAAGGAUUUAUUAUGAAAGAGAGAGAGAGAGGGAGAUUAACAGCGCGCGUUUACUCUCAUAUUUGUUCUUGGACAGUGUUUAACGUUUUAAUGUCGUU